UUGACCCUCUUAAUCCCUCUCUAUCACAUCAAAAUAUCUCAAUAUCCACUUUAAUCCCUCGAAAUCUAUCUAUAUCCCCCUUACUCCCUCCAAAUACAAGAAAAAUGCUGGGACUCAAUCGUCUCAUUUCGGGUGAAGACUCAACUGGCGGAACUUAGUCGUCCGUCGCCGAGCUAUUGAUUACCCGUGUCGUUCCGUGUUUUUUUCAUUUUAUUUUUAACCAACUUCGUGAAUCAUUUUGUGACGGUUUUUAUUUAUUUAAUAUUGAUUAGAUUAUUAGACUUUAAUCAUUUUUCAUAAUUUUGUAAAAAAUAUUUAGAUGUUGUUUUAUGUCUCAAUAUUCUACUUGUUAUUUUAUGUCCAAACAAUUUCUGGCAAUGUUAUUACUUGUGAUGGAUUUAUUGAAUCGACAAUUGAGAUUGAAUUUGCAGAAAUUAAGGUAAAGGUUAAUACUUAUCUUGGAAAUUUGGAGUAUGUUGCUAAAUGUGACCUGCGAGGUGGAUAUUUUCAAGUUCCAUUUUAUGACGAAGGGAAAUACUUGGUGAAAAUUAUAGCUCCAGAUGGAUAUAGUUUUGACCCUGAGGUUAAAGAAAUUGAAAUUGACAACAAUGUCUGUUCUCAACAAUUAAAUUUUAAAUUAGCUGGAAUUCAAGUUUCGGGCAAAAUUUCGAACGGGGAAAUUACUUCUUUGGUUAUGGGCCUUUAUCAAGAGGGAAAUUUACUUGUAAAGACUGAUGUUGAUAAGGAAGGAAACUAUAAUUUUGUUACACGUCCAGGUGAUUACGUCAUUUCACCAUUCAGUGCUCCAAAAUUGUGUUUGAAUCAAGGAACCGUCAAAAUUACUGUUGGGUCAGUGCCAGUGACAGUUAAUCCAGAUUUUCGAGUGGAUGGUUACAAUUUGGUUGUUAACGUAAAGGAUAAAGAGGGAAAUCCAUUUCCAACUUCAACUGUUCUUUUAAGCUCAGAUAAUGAGAUUAAUUUUACUAAACCUCAAAUGGGUGCUGAAUAUCCAUUUAGUCAGAAUGUUGGUCAUAAAUGGUUUUAUCGAUGGUUGACAGAUAAUCUUGGCUCUGCUACAAUUGUUUGUUUACCUAGUGGGAACUAUAUUAUAGACGCAGAAAAUUUCUUAAAUAAUGUAAAAGCAAUUUUUGGCCAAAAAAUAAUUGAAAUGAAUUCAAAUAAUGAGGUAAACAUUUCUGUGAUAUCUUUUGAUGUUUUUGGAACUGCUACAGACAAUCAUUAUUACAAAAAUGCUUUGUAUAAAUAUGAAGUUAAUUCUGGCUCUAAAGCGUCAAAUAAUGAAUCUAAUAAUGUAACAACGAGUAUGGUAGAUUUUUCUACAGUGCUUUCUGUUGUACUCGCCUUUGUUGCUUUAUUUAUUAUGUGCAUCUUUACCUUUUUUCAAAUAUAUAUUUGCUUAAGCGACAAAAUGAAUUCAGCGAGAAUUGAAUCUAAUGACAACUAUCACAGAUUAGAUGAUAAAAUGACUACAAAUAAUCAUCUAAUAAUUGGUAUGCGAGAAAACAAUAAUGAAAUGCGAAAUCAUAUUAACAACGGCAAUCAACAAUUAUCAGAACAAAUAAAUAACAACCAUCAACAGUUGAGUCAAGAAAAUCAACAAUUAAGAACGGACAUGAACAACAACCAUCAACAGUUGAUGAAUGUUUUUAAUCAAUUGAACAACACAGUUAUUACAAACAAAACGGUUUUGGAGAACAAAACAAAAUUUAUUGACUCGAAAGUGGAUGCUGUUAGUGAUGUGGUUCGAAAGAUGAAAGUAGAGAAUAAUCUAAGAUAG